AUGUCUUCCCCUUUGAAGAUUCUUAUCAGCGGUGGUGGAAUCGCUGGAGGGUCCCUCGCCUUCUGGCUGGUCAAACUCGGCCAUGAAGUCACCGUGGUCGAAUGGUUCCCUACUCUCCGCGCUACAGGACUUCAAAUUGACCUCCGGGGCCACGGCAUUGAAGUCUUGAAGCGAAUGGGUCUCGAAGAGGCAUUCCGCGCCAAAUCGGUCCCCGAGCAAGGUCUCCAGUUCGUCGACAGUUCCGGCAGGAGGCGAGGCCACUUUCCGAUGAACUAUUCGGGAAACGGAGUGCAAGACUUUACCUCCGAGUAUGAGAUUAUGAGAGGAGAUUUGUGUCGCCUCUUCUACGAUGCCACCAAGGGCCGCGCCAAGUACAUAUUUGGUACUUCCGUGGAAAGCUUCGACCAGAGUAACGGUGGCGUAAAUGUACGCUUCAAGGACGGCAAGACGGAUCAUUACGACCUGCUGGUCGGUGCUGAUGGACAAGGAUCACGUACGCGCAAGAUGAUGCUGAAGUCCGAAGCCUCUGACGGGUUUUACCCGCUCAGGGGUAUUCAUGCCUCUUACUUCACGAUCCCGCGACUGAUCGAGAAGGGCGAAGAGUACUACUCUACGGCUUAUUUUGCGACCAAUAGCCGGAUAUUAAUGACUCGAAGACACAGCCCGGAAGCGAUUCAGGCGUACGCUUUCUUCACAUCUCACGAUGAGGAGUUUCAAACCGCUCGGCGAACUCACGGGAAGGAGGUGAAGGACGUUGUUGCGAAGGCGUUUAAGGGCGCAGGAUGGCAAGUGGACCAUUUCCUGGAUGCGAUGAUGGAUUCCAAAGACUUUUACUGCGAGCAAAUCGGCUUGGUCAAGAUUGACCACUGGUCCGAGGGCCAUGUCGCCCUUCUCGGAGACGCGGCGUAUGGCCCAUCAUCCAUGACGGGUAUGGGCACAACGUCGGCGAUUGUCGGCGCCUACGUCUUGGCUGGAGAGAUCGGGAAAUGCUGCGGAUCUUCACGGGGCCAGGACGGCAUUGAAACGGCUUUAGACGAAUACGAAAGAAAGAUGCGACCUUUCAUGGAUCAAGUGCAGGAAGGUAUCACCGAUGACGCUCUCGUCUAUAAGCUUUGGCCGACUGGACCGAUAGGGAUGGCUAUCUUGUACUGGAUUAUUGGAAUUGUCUCUUUCUUCCACAUGAACCUUGGCAAGUGGGUUCUGAAGGAGAGUGCGGUGAAGUGGAAUUUGCCAAACUACGAGGAAUUGAGGCUUGAUGAGGCUCAUUAGAGUAGCCUGAAAAUUUGAGUAGGCAGACACGGCACGGUAGGGUAGGAUUCUGUUCGAUUGUUCGAUUUGUACAUUAUCAGACGAGACGCAGCUCAGCCUGAAUAGAUAUUGUUGGUUCACGGGGUCGUAUACGACAAAUAGUGGUGGCAAUUAUCACUCGUCUGUUGGUGAUCCUAUUGCUUGUUCUUCUUGUUGUUCUAUCUUACAUUGUAGGCAGGAGUCGGUCGAAGUAGGUAGUGACGGCCUGGGUGGUUGCCCCACCCUUAUCCGGCCGUGAUGACUAAGCCAGUUGUCCCACUUCGCCCAGGGCAGGUGCCAGCCAGCCCAUGGUACCUGCCUAUUACUCCUUAUCAGCCUUUGCUGUUCCAACACUU